AUGUCUUUGCAUCAACAAGAAAAUUCACGAUGGCACCAAGUGCAUGAUCAAUCUAAUCUUUCAAAUCAUCCAAAUCAUCAUCAUCACGUAGUAAUUGUAAAAUUAUGGGAUGGUUCAGUGAUAUUGGAUCAGAAGCAUCUUCUCCGAGAUGAUUUUCUUUAUCAACAAUUGAAACACAACAUGGAACAGGCUCGGAAUGAACGUUUACGGAUCUUGAAUGAAAAAUUAAUGUUAUUACAAAUUGGAAAGUAUAAUCGUAAAUUGUUGAAAGAAGCGUGUGAGGAAAAUAAAAAAGAUCGAGAAAUUGUGUUGCGAAUGGUGGAAUCCGAUGGUUUGGCACUUAAAUAUGCAAAUGAUGUUUUAAGAAAUUGCGAUGAAGAAAUUGUCAUGACAUCAGUGAAACAAAAUGGACAAGCGUUGAAAUAUACGUUGUUAUGGACGGAUGAGAUCAUUCAAGCUGCACUCCAUCAAGAUGGUAAUGUCUUGCAACAUUUAGAAAUGGACAAAUAUGAGAUUCAUGAUGAAGAUAUCAAAGUGGCUGUUAAGAAUGAUGGAUCUUGUCUGCAACAUUUGUAUGAAUGUCCUCUUGACUUGGAUACUAUUGAAACGGCCUCUAAAACUGCUCCCGAAAUAUUUGAAUUAAUACCAAUGCCAGACUGA